ACAAAACCUGUUUUGGGAACACAACAAAAUUAACAGUCAAUAGAUUUUAACAAAUUCGUCCUUCCAUUAACCAAACAUGUCCAAGGGUACGGGACCACUGUCGACUUUGUAUAAUUCCAUUAUUAAUAACGUUGGAAAGGUGGUUCCAGCGCCACUGACACCAUUAUGGGAAUCACCAGCAGGUCCAAAAACUGUCUUUUUUUGGGCACCUUUGUUCAAAUGGGGCCUUGUGGCGGCUGGAUUUAGUGAUGUUUUGAAUCGACCGCCACAGAACAUUUCGUUGAAUCAGUGUGCGGUUAUAGCCACCACUGGCCUGCUAUGGUCCCGUUACUCUGUGGUCAUUGUGCCCAAGAACUAUAGCCUUUUAUCAGUCAACGUUGUGGUAUUUCUAACCCAAGGAUUUUUGGUAUACAAGGCAUUGAAAUGGCGCCGAGAAAAUGCAUCGAAGGCGGAGUACAAACAUCCAUAUUUUCCGUCACCCAUGGAAGACGAAUGGUAGAACAUUAUAUAUAAUAUUUACAGUUAAAAUCAAGUAAAAAAUAUAGCAGAACUGUUAAUAAAUCGCUUGAAACGGAA